GUGGCAAGCUUUCACUGUAUGCAUCUCUCCCACGGUCCUAUAACCUAUAGUGUGUCAGAUUUUCUCUCUACAAUUAGAUAGAUCAGCCCCUUUUGCUUUAAUCACCUUUUCAGAGCUUACAGCAACUCAUUUCCCAAAAUAAAUCCCCAAAAACCAACACUAGAAAUAGAUACAUACAUACAAUCUAAAAUUCCCUCAAUUAUUUUUUCUCCACAGCCAUCAAAAACCAGAGAAAAUAAAACAAAAAAUGCAGUCCAUGUUAAACCUCCAUGGCACCUUUGGCCUUCCUGUGUGUGUUUCGGGGAUAACCCAUCAUAGUCUCACCUUCUCUAAGGAGAUGGCAGAUCAUGAUCGCAGAAGGGAGGCCAUGAAAAGGCAGAGAUCACAAGCCAGAGCAGAGCUGCAUGCAAAUCAAGAACUGGGUUUUGAGAGAAGCAGUGGAAGAGUGGGAGAACAGAUCAGGGAAGGUGGGGUUGAUGAAGAUCUAGCUAGUGUGCUACAUGAUCUGUGUUGCUGUUAUUUGGCUUGUACUGCAAAAGCUGCAUAGCUUAAUUAGCUUAGCUUAGCUUAGCUUAUUAAUUAAUCAAAUAUUUAUGUUUUUGGACCUACUUCUGCUUAACGUUAAAUAUUCUCUGUGGGGUUUGUUUUAAUUUUUAUAUUCA